UCAUGCGUUGGUAAGUGUGCUUGGAUCUUGUAUUCUCUCUGCAAUAUACUUCCUUAGCUUUCCCUAUAAACACAAGGAAGCAAGUUCUGGACUUUGCUUCCCCUUCCUCUUUUCCUCUUCGUUUCUCUUUCUAAUUCAACUCGUAUUUGGCUCUUUCUCUCAAAAUACUCUCUACCACUGCCCUCCAAGAGGGUACCUUGUUGUCAUCUUCUCAAGAUCCUUGCACCUAAACUAUUUGGGUUUGAUUCCUUAGUUUUAUACUUCUUUUGGGUUCUUGUUAACUUCACUGGAGAUUCAGAAGAACCACCAGAAAAAUGGUUAUCCAAGUUCAGGCCAAGCUUCACCCUCACAUGCUCUGUUUUCUCUCUGUUUCUACUUAAAUCUGUUGAGUGCUUUUGGUUCUUCUUAGUCUUGAAAAGUUAAAAGAUUUGAUAAAUUACCCAUGAAGAAUCUAAUCAGAAGAAGCAGAAGUCAUGUUAUUCUGGUGCUGUGCAUGUUGAGUUUGAGUGGAUUGUGCACUGGGGAAGCAGACAGUGGUGAUGAUGGAGCUCCAAUGGAGAAAGCAGAGCAAGCAGCUCUUUAUUCUGCGAUACAGGGUUUUGUGGGUAAUUUGUGGAAUGGCUCAGAUCUCUAUCCAGAUCCUUGUGGUUGGACUCCUAUUCAGGGGAUCUCUUGUGACAUCUUUGAUGGAUUUUGGUAUGUAACUAGCUUGAGCAUUGGACCAAUCCAUGACAACUCUCUUAGUUGUGCCCCAAAUGUGGAAUUCAGACCACAAUUGUUUGAGCUUAAGCAUCUAAGAUCACUCUCCUUUUACAAUUGCUUCUUUUCACCCCACCAGCACCCAGUUACCCUCCCUAGCACAGAUUGGUCUAAACUUGCUGACAAUUUGGAGUCACUGGAAUUUCGAUCAAACCCGGGUUUAAUUGGACAAGUUCCUAUUAGCUUUGGCAGCCUCAUUAACCUUCAUUCUCUGGUGCUAUUAGAGAACGGCUUAACCGGCGAAAUACCGGGAAAUAUUGGACAAUUAACCAGCUUGAAGAGCUUAGUACUUGCUGGUAACUGGUUCAAUGGUAGAAUACCAGAUAGUUUUGGUCAGUUAAAUGACCUACUGAUUCUUGAUUUGAGUAGGAAUUUACUGUCUGGUCUUUUGCCAUUGACUAUUGAAGGGUUGACCUCACUCUUGAAGCUUGAUUUGAGUAACAAUCAAUUAGAAGGGCAGCUGCCAAAUGGGAUUGGAUAUCUAAAGAAUUUGACACUGUUGGAUAUUAGAAACAAUAAGUUUUCAGGUGGGUUGACCAAGUCACUUCAAGACAUGUAUUCCUUAGAAGAGAUGGUGUUAUCUGGCAAUUCAAUAGGGGGAGACCUUAAGAGUAUAGAAUGGCAUAAACUACAAAGUUUGGUCAUUUUGGACCUCUCAAAUAUGGGUUUGUUUGGUGAAAUACCUAUGUCUUUUGUUCAAUUGAAGAGGCUGAGGUUUUUGGGUCUUAGUGACAACAAUCUUACAGGCAGUCUCUCACCAAAGCUAGCAAGUCUGCCUUGUGUUGGUGCACUCUAUGUUGGUGGAAACAAUCUCACAGGGGAACUCAAAUUCUCUCAAGAGUUUUACAGGAAAAUGGGUCGUCGGUUCGGGGCGCGGAGCAACCCAAAUCUUUGCUGUCCGGGUUGGUUAAUGUCAACAAGUGAUGCUCCUUAUGGAGUAAAACCAUGCAAGCAAGAAGUCACUCUGAUUGAACCCAAUUUGAAUUCCAAGUUGGGUGAUAGCAACUUGAACCAAAAUUCCCAUUUCAUUACUUCUUUGGGAUUCUCAAGCUUUGCUGUUGAUGGGUUUUGGUGGGUUUCUCUAGUACAACUGUUGAUGAUGAAUUUUCUCCUACUUUGAAAAAAAAAAGGGCUCACCUAACACGAAUCUAACAGCUUUGCUUUGUAAUAAGUUUAAUUUUGUGGUUUAUGUAUAAUAAUUUUCUUAAUAUAUAUUGUGAGACUCAAAUUGCAUA